GAGUGGACACAGCAAGUCAGCUAGAGGCUAUCCAGCCAGAGUUCCCACGUCCCUGGAAGCCAGAACAAAGCAAGUGAGUGUGGGGAGUACGGAUUGGAAGUCAUGAAGACACCACUGCUGGGUUUGGCUUUGUGUUCACUGUUGUUCCAGCCUUGGCUGAUGUUGUGGGCCUCCCAGUUCAGUCAAAACUGCCAUAAUGACAGAUAUGAGAUCAGCGUCCUGAUGAUGAACAACUCGGCCUUCCCAGAGCCCCUGGAUAAGUUGAGAGAAGCUGUGAAUGAGGGAUUGGACAUAGUGAGAAUGCGUCUGCACGAAGCUGGCUUAAAUGUGACUGUGAAUGCUACUUUUAUAUAUUCCGAUGGUCUGAUUCACAAGUCAGGCGACUGCCGGAGCAGCACCUGCGAAGGCUUGGAUCUCCUCAGGGAAAUUACAAGGAAAGGUCAGCUGGGCUGUGCUCUCAUGGGACCCUCAUGCACAUACUCCACCUUCCAGAUGUACCUUGACACCCAGUUGAACUACCCCAUGAUUUCAGCUGGAAGUUUUGGAUUGUCGUGUGACUAUAAAGAAACCUUAACCAGGCUGAUGUCUCCAGCUAGGAAACUGAUGUACUUCUUGGUUGACUUUUGGAAGAUCAAUGAUCUGCCAUUCAAACCUUUUUCCUGGAACACUUCAUAUGUUUAUAAGGAUGGCAAUGAGACUGAGGACUGUUUCUGGUACCUUAAUGCUCUAGAGGCUGGAGUUUCCUAUUUUUCUCAGGUACUCAGCUUCAAGGAUACCUUGAGACGAGAUGACCAGUUUCGGGAUAUCAUAGUGAAUCAUAACAGGAAAAGCAAUGUAAUUGUUAUGUGUGGUACACCAGAAACUUUCAACAGCCUGAAGGGUGACCAGGAAGUGGCUGAAGACACAGUCAUUAUCUUAGUGGAUCUAUUCAAUGACUACUACUUUGAGGACAAAGCCAUAGCUCCUGAUUAUAUGAAAAAUGUCCUUGUUCUGACUCUGCCUCCUGGAAAUUCCAUGAUAAAUACCUCUUUCUCCAGGAGUAUUUUACCGGAAAAAAAUGACUUUGCUCUUGCUUACUUGGAUGGAACCUUGCUCUUUGGGCACAUGCUGAAGAUAUUUCUUGAGAAUGGAGAAGCGAUUGCCACUUCCAAAUUUGCGCAUGCUUUCAGGAACCUCACAUUUCAAGGCUAUACAGGUCCUGUGACUUUGGAUGACUGUGGGGAUAUUGACAAUACUAUGGUGCUUCUGUAUGCCUCCAUGGACAACCAGAAGUACAAGAUUCUUUUGACUUAUGACACCCACACAAAUAGUACCACUGCAGAGGACACGCGCCCCUCAUUCGUCUGGAGGAACCAUAAACUUCCUAAUGAUAUCCCAGGCCGGGGCCCUCAGAUCCUGAUGAUUGCUGUUUUCACGCUCACAGGGACAGUGGUGCUGGUCCUGAUCAUUGCUCUCCUGGUGCUGAGAAAAUAUAAAAGAGAUAAUCAACUUCGUCAGAAAAAAUGGUCCCACAUUCCUCCUGAAAAUAUCUUUCCUCUGGAAAACAAUGAGACCAACCAAAUCAGCCUGAAGAUUGAUGACGACAAGAGACGAGACACAAUCCAGAGACUUCGACAAUGCAAGUAUGACAAAAAGAGAGUGAUCCUCAAAGAUCUCAAGCACAGUGAUGGCAAUUUCAAUGAGAAACAGAAGAUAGAACUGAACAAGCUGCUUCAGACUGACUAUUACAACCUGACCAAGUUCUAUGGCACAGUGAAGCUUGACUCCAGGAUCUUUGGGGUGAUCGAAUACUGUGAGAGAGGAUCCCUCCGGGAAGUUUUGAAUGACACAAUUUCCUACCCUGAUGGCACAUUCAUGGAUUGGGAGUUUAAAAUCUCUGUCUUGUAUGACAUUGCUAAGGGGAUGUCAUAUCUGCACUCCAGUAAAAUAGAGGUCCAUGGCCGUCUGAAAUCCACCAACUGCGUAGUGGACAGUCGAAUGGUGGUGAAGAUCACCGAUUUUGGCUGCAAUUCCAUUUUACUUCCAAAGAAAGACCUGUGGACCGCUCCAGAGCACCUCCGCCAAGCCAACAUCUCUCAGAAGGGAGAUGUGUACAGCUUUGGAAUCAUCGCCCAGGAGAUCAUCCUGCGGAGAGAAACCUUCUACACCUUGAGCUGCCGGGACCAGAAAGAGAAGAUUUUCAGAGUGGAAAAUUCCAAUGGCAUGAAACCCUUCCGCCCAGAUCUCUUCCUGGAAACAGCAGACGAAAAAGAGCUGGAAGUGUAUUUACUUGUAAAAAGCUGCUGGGAGGAAGAUCCAGAAAAGAGACCAGAUUUCAAGAAAAUCGAAAACACACUGGCCAAGAUAUUUGGCCUUUUUCAUGAUCAAAAAAAUGAAACUUAUAUGGACACCUUGAUUCGACGCCUGCAGCUCUAUUCUCGGAACUUGGAACAUCUGGUAGAGGAAAGGACGCAGCUGUACAAAGCAGAGAGGGACAGGGCGGACAGACUGAACUUCAUGCUGCUCCCCAGGCUAGUGGUAAAGUCUCUGAAGGAGAAAGGCAUUGUGGAGCCAGAACUAUUUGAGGAAGUUACAAUCUACUUCAGCGACAUCGUAGGUUUCACUACUAUCUGCAAAUACAGCACCCCCAUGGAAGUGGUGGACAUGCUUAAUGACAUCUAUAAGAGUUUUGACCAAAUCGUGGAUCACCAUGAUGUCUACAAGGUAGAAACCAUUGGUGACGCCUACGUGGUGGCUAGUGGUUUGCCUAAGAGAAAUGGCAAUCGGCAUGCAGUAGAUAUUUCCAAGAUGGCCCUAGAUAUCCUCAGCUUCAUAGGGACCUUUGAACUGGAGCAUCUUCCCGGCCUCCCAGUAUGGAUACGCAUUGGAGUUCACUCUGGUCCUUGUGCUGCUGGAGUUGUGGGAAUCAAGAUGCCUCGUUAUUGCCUGUUUGGGGACACCGUCAACACAGCCUCUAGGAUGGAAUCCACUGGCCUUCCCUAUAGGAUUCACAUGAGUAGCUCCACAAUAGCCACCUUGAAGAGAACCGAUUGCCAGUUCCUAUAUGAAGUGAGAGGAGAGACCUACUUAAAGGUAAGGAAUCCACAGAGACAAUUUGUCACACACAUCUGGGCCAUCUCCUGCGAGACUUGGCCAAGAAGGUCAAGAAGCACAGGGAUGAAGACUCCUUUUCUAUAUGCCUCACAAAGAUAUGCCACCAUCCCUGUAGGAGAAACCUACAUGCCUACUGAGACUCCACGGUAUAGAUCAGAAAUCUUACAAGUAUUGCAAAUGUUUGUGAUCACACUGAAGUUUGACAAUUACAGCUUUAAAUUCCCCAUGCUGUUCCUCACAUCAAAAACAGCUACCCUUGCCAGGGCGGUGGUGCACCCCAAUGUUUCAUUUUUCUCUCCCCACCCUCUUUCCAGGGAGAAUCAACAGCGUUUGCAAGAAGAAUUUUCAGACAUGAUCCUCAACUCUUUACAGAAAAGACAGGCUGCAGGAAUAAAAAGCCGAAAACCAACACGGGUGGCCAGCUAUAAGAAAGGCACUCUGGAAUACCUGCAACUGAACACCACGGACCAGGAGAACACCUAUUUUUAGACCAAUGAAAGUUUAAGGACUUACACGCACCAAAUCCAGCUGCACUUAGGCAGCAGCCUCAAGUGUCCUGAGGCUUGCAUUUUCCUGAGACCUCAGUGACACUGAAAAUACUUAGCCUGGCUGCCCUGGCUGGAGCAUAGACUUUCUUCCAUGAAUCAGAUGUGUGCUCUCGGUGAAAUCACUGCAUUUUACUCUGGACUUAUCCCAACAGUUGUUCCAAGGAGCAUCCAUCUGGAAAAGAGGAAGACAUGUACUAUCUAAAACUUGAGAUUUUUGUUCUUAUUUUAUGUAUUUCAUGUUUGUUUUAUUGUUUUAUUUGUGGAUUUUUAAAACUGGUCCCAACUGCAUUUGAGCUAUCUCAUCUCCAUUUAGAUAUCUUAUCUCCAUUUAAACCCCUUAUCUCAAAAUUUUUGCAGAAAAUAUGCUAGAUGUUAGGUAAGAAUAAAAGUUUUGAAGUUCCUGA